AUGGUGAAGGAACCUGGUCAAGACAGUGCCGGCAAGGCACUGAGCGCAGACGCGCAGAAAGACGCGAAGCAGAAGCGUCCUGAGGACUCCAGACAGAAGCGUCCAGAGCGACGUCUUACCCUGGAUUUCACUGAUUCCCUCGAGAAGGAGUUCGGUGCGGCGGCGGUUUAUGGAGAUGGGUCGUUGGAUUUCUCUGUAUUUCAGAAGCUUUAUGAGAAUUAUCCUGAGAAGCUCUUUGAUUAUGUUUGCAAGCGCAUCAAGGAUCUCGAGCAGACAGUCAUCAAGGCGCGGGGACGAGAUGCAGCCGAGGACUCCGAGUACGACGAGGAGGUCUCAUCGUGGCAAGAGCAGAAUGCCAAACUGCAGAAGCAGGUAAAGGACCAGCGGGAUGCCAUGGUCGAACUCAUUGCCGAACAUGACGACGCGCUUGCUCGCAUGCGUGAACUAGCUCGUGAAGGUACAACCUCAACUACCUCUAUUAGCCAGAAGAAGUCCACCAAGCUCCCCAACAGAAAGCGUUUCAGUGGUGGCGAUGACCCGAAGUUCGCCUCUUGGUUGAUCGAUGUUGAGAACAAGUUGGAGACGAACGCUGAUCACUAUCCAACUGCGUUGGCUCGUAUGCAGUACGUCAAGAGCAUGUGCGAAGGAGCAGCAGCGGAGCAUCUCGUGCCUCGUCUCCAGAAGGAUUCGCUAGAACGCUACCGUGACGCUGAUGAUAUGAUCGAACACCUCAAGACGAUUUAUCACAACGCCAACAGUGUCACCAAGGCCAAGCGCGAGUUGCGCCGACUGUACAUGAACGACACCAAGUUUCAGGAUUUCCUUUCGAAGUUCGUGCUUAAGGCGCAAGAGUCGGAACUACCAUCCUCUCAGUGGAAGGAUGAGUUGUACGAACUGCAAGCGAGCUACAACGAGAACAUGUCAUACCGCGACUUCGUCAAGGAAUAUCACCAAACCGCGAACCAACUAGAGAUUAUCGUCGAGAACGAGAGGCGCGCACCAAAGAAUCGUGAGAACAAGGGCGGAAAUGGUAGCGGCGCCAGCAAGGAUGACAAAAAGAACAAGUCGGGAUCAGACAAGCUGAAGGACGAUAAGAGUGCGGCCAAGAUCUCAUGGGCAGAGAAGAAGCAGCUCAUCGCCAAAGGAAAGUGCUUCAACUACAAGAUGAAAGGACACAUGGCCAACGAAUGUGAACUCAACAAGAAGGACACCCCCGACCUCAAGGCCUUGGAAGCUGCGAAGAAGGCCGAUGUAGAGGAGAGCUCGGAGUCGGAAAACGACGACGCCUAG